AUGGUCCUGGAGGCCCUGGUGGACAAAGGACAGAGGGCCUGGUCCCUGGCCCUGGGCCAGCAGUACACCUCGCUGGGCUCGCAGCCCCUGCUCUGCGGCUCCAUCCCAGGCCUGGUCCCCAAGCAGCUGCGCUUCUGCCGCAAUUACAUCGAGAUCAUGCCCAGCGUGGCCGAGGGCGUGAAGCUGGGCAUCCAGGAGUGCCAGCACCAGUUCCGGGGCCGCCGCUGGAACUGCACCACCAUAGACGACAGCCUGGCCAUCUUCGGGCCCGUCCUAGACAAAGCCACCCGCGAGUCGGCCUUCGUGCACGCCAUCGCCUCUGCCGGCGUGGCCUUCGCCGUCACGCGCUCCUGUGCCGAGGGCACCUCCACCAUCUGCGGCUGCGACUCGCAUCACAAGGGGCCGCCAGGCGAGGGCUGGAAGUGGGGCGGCUGCAGCGAGGACGCCGACUUCGGGGUGCUCGUGUCCCGGGAGUUCGCGGACGCGCGCGAGAACAGGCCGGACGCGCGCUCGGCCAUGAACAAGCACAACAACGAGGCGGGCCGCACGACCAUCCUGGACCACAUGCACCUCAAGUGCAAGUGCCACGGGCUGUCAGGCAGCUGCGAGGUCAAGACCUGCUGGUGGGCCCAGCCCGACUUCCGCGCCAUCGGCGACUUCCUCAAGGACAAGUACGACAGCGCCUCCGAGAUGGUGGUGGAGAAGCACCGCGAAUCCCGCGGCUGGGUGGAGACCCUCCGCGCCAAGUACGCGCUCUUCAAGCCGCCCACCGAGAGGGACCUGGUCUACUACGAGAACUCCCCCAACUUCUGCGAGCCCAACCCCGAGACGGGCUCCUUUGGCACCAGGGACCGGACUUGCAAUGUCACCUCCCAUGGCAUCGAUGGCUGCGACCUGCUCUGCUGUGGCCGUGGCCACAACACGAGGACGGAGAAGCGGAAGGAGAAAUGUCACUGCAUCUUCCACUGGUGCUGCUACGUGAGCUGUCAGGAGUGCAUCCGCAUCUACGAUGUACACACCUGCAAGUAGGGAGCCAGGGCAGUGGGAACGGGUGAAGUGUGUGGCUGGGCAGAUUCACCGAAGUCCCAUGGGAAGCAGGACCUGGAGCCGGGCUCAGCCCUCAGCACCAGACAGCAAGGAACCCGGACUGU